UGUGUGUUCAUUGCUAACACCUCAAGGAGACGCGGCCUUAACCUCUCCCUCACUCACUCGUAGGUCCACACGUACUGGACCUCAGUUCCGAGGCACACACACCUCCCAGGACCAGCGCCGUUAGCAACUUCUUUCGUUUCCGUCUGGGAUUGCAGGCCGGAAAGAACCAACGAAAGAAACAGAAAGUGGUAACAACAGUGAGAAAACGACCAACAGGAGCACCACCACGACCACCACCAGCAAGACCAAGCAGGAGGCAUGGAGGAAGGACUGGAAUGGCUGGCACGCGGGUACGGCAAGGGGAACGUCAAAUUGCUGCACGUGCGAAGAGACGGACCCGUGCACUCCAUCAAGGAAUUCGAAGUGAGCACGCAGCUGACCUUGGAAUCGGAUAAGGACUAUCUGGUUGGGGACAAUUCGGACGUGGUGGCGACAGAUUCCCAAAAGAACACCGUCUACAUUCUCGCCAAACGCCACGGGAUCACGUCUCCCGAGGCCUUCGCGCUGCUCCUCACGGAUCAUUUUUUGGCACAAUACGCGCAGGUCACCAACGUGUCCAUCAGCGUGCGUGCGUACCCGUGGCAGCGACAGGUGGUGGACGGUCGCGCCCACAACCACGCUUUCAUCUUCUGUCCUGAAGUGGAACACACAUGCAAGGUGGCUAAGAAGAGGGGAGGGACUGCCGAGGUGUGGACCGGACUGGAGAGCAUGCGGUUGCUGAAAACGACUCAAUCCUCCUUCGUAAACUUCGUCCAGGAUGAGUUCCGCACAUUGCCGGACCAGGAGGACCGCAUCUUCUCCACGGUGGUUUCUGCCUCGUGGCGCUACACCGACAUCGCAAAUAUUGACUUCGGCAAGACCUGGAUCACGGUAAUUAAGGUGAUCAAGAAUAACUUUUCUGGCCCAGCUGACUCUGGCAUUAGCUCUCCUUCAGUGCAGCACACUCUCUACAAUGUUAUCAAGGACGUCCUACUCCAGCUUCCUGAGGUCUCCGAGAUGAAGAUGACAAUGCCCAACAAACACUACUUCAACAUUGAUAUGAGCAAGUUUGAAAAUGUGAUAGGGGACAAAUUCAACAACGAAGUGUUCCUGCCCGUCGACAAGCCCUCUGGCGUAAUCAGCGGCUCCCUCGGGAGAAAGGACCUGACCAAGGCAAAACUGUAGACUGGCUGGAUAAGAAUUUAGUAAUCUUUUACUCCUGCUGCGGUACUUAGCUUAAUUUUUCUCUUUCCAUGCAUACUAAUUACUGAUGCGAAUCUUUUUCAUCUUUCUCUACACACUGGCACUUCAAUGUACCUUUUUUCCUUUCUUUUUGUUGUCCUGGACCAGUGCCACUUCAACAUGUAAAACAAAAGAAAUAUUGGAAACAGGAUUUAUUAGAUGCAUUUAUGACCUCCAACGGAAGAAUUACUAAGGGCUAUACAAUUAUGAAUACAAGGUAUACUGUACUGUAUGUAUAAUUAAGGUACAUAAGUUUCGGGAUCACUAACUUCAUGCUUUGCACAUUUAAAUUGCUGUUGAAUAAUAAAAGAUUGUUUCAUAAGAUUA